AUGCAAACGUUAAGAAACAGCAAGAAUCACCAGGUUGUAAGUCAAAACACACUUCAAAGUGCGCUAGCUUUACCGUCAGGUCCAAUCAUAUACAGAGAGUGUGUCAAAGAGGGGUCUAAUUCAAACAACGCUUCACCAACACCACAAUUGUUGAAUACUGUACUAACGAUAGCGGCAGCGAAAGGAGUGCUUCCUGAUAUACUUCCACAAAUACAACCAACUAGAACAGUAUCACCAGAGACAAAGUCUACAACCCAAGAACUCACGCCGCAAAAUAUUGAUAUCGUGCCUCUAUCGCAAUCUACCUCUUUUUAUAAACAAGAGCCGGUUUUUGCAAAUACUCAAUCAAUAGCCACAGCUAUACCUAAACCGAAUGCAAUCAUUCCAACUUCAUCUACAGCAUACACACCUCCAAAUUUUGUUAGAGUACCUACAGUCCCACCACUUAUAAUUUCUCCUGGCUUAAAUCAAAAUACUCAACAAAAUAAUCCAUUUAUUCCUUCCAUUUCUGAAUUUGCACAGCUACAGUCACCAGUGCUAAAUCCACAGACUAUAGAAGAACCGUGUCAUUGUUCUCAAGUUAGCGAAAAAUCAGAACAAAUGACAUUAGCGCCAGCAUUGAUAAUUGAAAGCACACCGAGCACAUUGGAAAUUACAAACGAAUCAAAUUUGGAACCGAUAUGUACAAAUUCAAUUUUGACGACAGAAUAUGGUCAAUCGUUUCCAAUUAAUUUACACAUUACGAUACCACCACCCAAUAUAGAGGCUCCACGAAUUACAUUUAUAAAUGCGGCGUUACCAACACCAUCGCCGGAAAAGACUGCUUCCGUAGAUGAGAGUUCAUUCACAAACCCUAACUUUUUAAAUGGAUAUUUAUCACAACCUCUACCUCAACAGGUGGUGUCAACCCAAGCUAUAGCUCCAAUCGGAUACGGUUCAACACCAAUUGUGUACUCACAGAAUGAUGACGACAAUCUUGGCAUGUUGCUUACAAUUCUGCUACUUGCAAGUCGGAGCAGGAAUUGCAACGGCAUGUGCGGACAUACGUGCAGUUGCUGUAACUGCUGCAGUUGUGGGGACGGCUCCAAAAGUAUCCCUAUUCCGUAUCCUAUCCCAUUUCCCACCAAUAACGCAAUAGUUAGCCCCCGCUACAAUCCAUACUACGACGAUGAUGAAGAAGAUGACGACGAUGAUGAACAAGAUAACGAAAGUAGGCCAUCGAACAAUCAUAAAGCUAAUGAUGAAAAAACAGAUCACUACAAGCGAAAAGACAAAGAUAAUCCUUUACCAGGGGAGAUAAUAGUAGAAGAAGAAGAGGAAGAAGUAGAGGAUGUACCGAUACCGGAAAAAGCGUAG